AUGCCGCACCAGCCGCAGUCAACCGGACAAAUUGUCUGCCAGGGAUGUCAAGUGACAUUGGCGUACCCCAUCGGUGCCCCCUCCGUGCGCUGCCCGAUGUGCACAACCAUCACCCCCGUGCAGCAGUUCAGUGUGACGUGUGUGUGCUGCCGCUGCAUUCUUAUUCUGCCACAGAACACAAGUCUUGCGAUGUGCCCGCGCUGUCGAACCGUCAUGAGCAUCCCUGCAGGCAUUCGCGAGGGUCUCACAAGCCAGAAGCCACCGAAGCAGUGCGUGUACAUUGACCGUCCAGCCGUUGACGCGUCGGGUCUUUCUGUAGCUCAUCUUUCUGUGGGAACCAAACUGGACGAUGACCCCAACGCACCGGAAGUGACGCGACGACGAUGA